AUGUUAUCCAAUGGACAAGUCUUAGUUGCCGGUGGAUCUGGAACUGGUAGUGUUAGUUUAAAUAGUGCUGAGUUGUAUAAUCCAUCAACAGGAGUGUGGACAAUCACUGGAAAUAUGAUUUAUACUCGAUAUCGUCACACAGCAUCGGUGUUAUCAAAUGGGCAGGUCUUAGUUGCCGGCGGGUAUGGAAGCGGUUUGUAUUUGAAUAGUGCUGAGUUGUACAGUCCAUCAACAGGAGUAUGGACAAUCACUGGAAAUAUGAGUUAUCUUCGAUGUUGUUACACAGCAUCCAUCUUAUCAAAUGGAAAAGUCUUAGUUGGCGGUGGAUUUGGAAGUAGCCCGUAUUUAAAUAGUGCUGAGUUGUAUGAUCCAUCAACAGGAGUAUGGACAAUCACUGGAAAUAUCAGUUAUGCUCGAUAUUAUCACACAGCAUCCAUGUUAUCAAAUGGACAAGUCUUAAUUGCUGGUGGAUAUGGAAAUGGUUUGCCGUUAAAUAGUGCUGAGUUGUAUAAUCCAUCAACAGGAGUGUGGACGAGUACUGGAAAUAUGAGUUAUACUCGAUAUCAUCACACAGCAUCCAUGCUAUCAAAUGGACAAGUCUUAGUUGUCGGUGGAUUACAAAGUGGUGUCGUUUAUUUGAAUAGUGCUGAGUUGUAUGAUCCAUCAACAAGAGUGUGGACAAUCACUGGAAAUAUGAGUUAUACUCGAUCUUAUCACACAGCAUCCACGUUAACAAAUGGAAAAGUCUUAGCCACUGGUGGACUCAUAAGUAACAGUUCAGAGCUAUACCAAUUAUAA